GUCCAAAACUUUUGAGCGUGCCCGGGAAGUAUAAAUGAAAACCCCCUUCUCCCACUCUUCAAUACUUCACUCUUUCUCUCUCUUCUCUCUCUCCACUUCUCUGCAAAUACAGAGAAGCGUUGAAGGCCGCCAUUUUCGUCGCUCUUUUUGCUUUAAUAGUGGUCUCAGGCAUAAUAGGAGGAUGGGUUCUAAUCACCAACAUCAGAACCAGAUUCCUGAGGAAUUUGUGCCGUUGCAGAGCUCUACCAUGUCAUACCAAGACAGUUACUACCUCUCCCAAAAUGGAGGCUCCUCUAUGUGGGGUUCUUCGAAUAACUUGUCCAAUUCCGUCAUUCAGAUGCUACAUCAAAAUGGACUAUUUAUUUCUGGAAAUAUAAAUGUUAGUCAGCAGAGUAACCCAACAAACACAAGAACAAGCAUUGAAGAAAGCUCUUUGAUCACGGAUGCCAAUUCUUCAUUCUCUGGGGUUUCGUAUCUGCCAAGCAAUGGCGAUAGCAGCAUAGAGUCACUUGCAUCAAACUGUAGAAGAAUUGCAGGUACUUCAACUGGAAACUAUUUACCGGCUCAACAGCAGAUAGUCCAAGCAGGACAAACUUACCCAGGAUGGUACGCAAGACAAGGAGACCAACUUUUCAAUUCGCAGUUGAUGAUACCAGAAUAUCAGGCAUCUGUUCCUCUUUUGAUGAAUAAGAAACCCAGAUUAGAGAUGAAGCCGGACGAUGUGCUGCGUGCCUAUACUCUCCAGCAGCUAUCCUCUAGUCAGGUCCCUAUGCAGUUGCAUCAGCAGCUAUCCUCUAGUCAGGUCCCAGUGCAGUUGCAUCAGCAGAUAUCACCUAGUGAGGUCCCGAUGCAGUUGCAUCAGCAGCUAUCACCUAGUCAGGUCCCAAUGCAGUUGAAUCAGCAGCUAUCACCUAGUCAGGUCCCGAUGCAGUUGCAUCAGCAGCUAUCACCUGGUCAAGUCCCUAUGCAGUUGCAAAAUUAUGAUCCUGUGGUAGCUUCUAGGUUGUUUCAGCAGCAUUUAAUUCAAAAUCAGCAGCAGAAUCAGAGUCCUCUGUUGGUUCCCUCCUCACAUAGGCAUCUGAUGCAGUGUUUGACUCCACAGCAGUUACCCAGAGAUACCCAGAAACAGUCGGCUGCUAUUAUUGUCACGGAUGCAAACGUAUGUUCUCAGAGGCUGAUGAGUUAUAUGAAUUAUCAAAGGCAUAGACCACCUGAUAAUAACAUUGACUACUGGAGAAAAUUUGUGGAGGAGUAUUACUCUCCUUCGGCUAAGAGAAGGUGGUGCUUUUCUAAGACUCGUAAUGGGGGUUGUCAAGAUUAUGGGAUUGAUUCUUGGAAGUGUGAUCUUUGCGGAUCAAAUUCAGGGAAAGGAUUCGAGAUCUGUUUUGAAGCUCUGCCAAGAAUGAAGCAGAUCUACUUCAUGAGUGGUGUUGUCGAUGAACUUAUAUGUUUGGAUAUUCCAGUCGAAAGAAGGCUGCCAUCAGGAUUUAUGAUAUUGUAUUAUGAAAAAGCAGUACUAGAGAGUGUCUACAAGCAUUCUCAUGUUGUCCAUGAAGGACAACUUCGCAUCAUUUUUACUCGAGAGUUAAAGAUAAUAUCUUGGGAGUUCUGUAUAAGAUCUCAUGAGGAGCUUGUUUCACGUAGAUUGGUUGCGACUCAGGUCAAUGAAUUGGUCCAGGUUGCUGCAAAAUGCCGAAGCAACAAUGAACUUAAAGAAACCGAGGGAGUUCCAGCACAGGAUCUUCUAUCAGAUUGCAAUAGGGUAGUGGCUGCUGGGAAAAACCUAAGAAGAAACUUGGAAUUGCCUCUUAUCAAUGACUUGGGCUUUCCCAAACAAUUUGUUCGAUGCGUGCAGAUGUUUGAUGUCCUGAAUAGCAUGAAAGAUUUGAUGGCUUACAACCAAGCCAACAAUUCAAGUCCAAUUGAAACCCUGAAAAGGUAUCAUCAACAAGCUGCUAAUGCAAAAGUUAAGAAACAAAUGCAGUGCCAAGCACAGAUGCAGCAAAUACCAAAUGCUGACAGAAGUAACUUUCAGGUGGCCAGAUCUAUGACUCAAACACCAGAUGCUAGUGAACAACAACAGGCCAUGUUUGAUUCCCCAAACUAUCACCAAAACUCAAUGAUGGAGGAACACAGGAUAACCUCAGACUUGAAUCAAAGCUUCCAUAACAAACCAUCAUCUUCCUCAAUGCCCUAUCAGCACUUAAACUCAUCAGCAAAUAUUUCGCUAGGUCCAUCCUCUUCUCGGAACCAACCCACUAUUAAGCAUCAGAUAAAUGAUCUUCUGAUGAUCAUGCAUACUCAAAGAAUCAAAGGAAAUUGCCGCAAUAAUAGACGAGGAAAACGCAGACUUAUGUAUGACCUGAUUGAAGAGACUGAAAUGGUGGAUUCUGCUGAACAGACAAAGGUUGGUACAGUCGAGAAGGAAGCUAAUACAUCGCAUAUAUUGGGUGGUAUAUCGGACAAGGGUAAAGGGUAUAACUACUCAUCUAGCAGCAACUCAUCUGCUAAGAUCUUUGCUGAUAAUUGUGUGGUGAAAAAAGAGGCAGUUUCUGAUGAUGAUGACUCCACCUCGCCUACUUGUUACCAACGGCCGACGUGCUGAGCUAUAGUAAUUAUCAUUUGAUACACAGUAUAUAUGGAUUAAUACAAUUGUGUAAUGAGUAAUGUUAGAAUCUAUGCCUGUCUAGUCUAUAGGAACUUCAUAGCAAAUAUUACAGAUAUUGAGACUCCUUGGAGUUGUUUUGUGUUAGUCUUUUGAUGUGUGUGUCUUUCAUGAUAGACAAAUACUCCAUGUUUUUUUUGUAUUUGUUAGUUUACUGCUUGUAAUUUGUAAAGCAUUUACAUUUAGUUUUGAAGAGUGAUACAAGCAAUAAAAUUAGAUUUUAACAGGCGA